CUAAAACAUCGAUAAAUCGAAUGGAAAAAGAAAUCAAGCGAAAUUCAAAAUUUAAUUUUUAUUAAAUUCAUCCUAAAUAGUGUAUAAUAUGGAUAAGUUCCGUCGUGAAUGUCCAGUGCUUAACUGUCCAUCGAUAUCUAAUGAAGAUAAUGUUAUAUUUUUCCGCUUCCCGAUGGACUGUCAAGGGAAAUUGGUAAAGUUGUGGAACCUAUUCACUCGAAUUAAAGGCUUCAAACCAAUCACCUCGGAAGCUCUCUGUCAGAAACAUUUUUUGCCCGAACAAAUUAAGAUUAAUAAGAAGGGACGACCAUAUUUGCAGAAAAAUACAGUUCCGACAAUAUAUUACAGAAACGAAGAAAAAAUUGUGGUUCAAUACGAUCCAAACAUUAUGCAAUAUGUAGGAUAUGAAGCAGAAAUGAUGUUACAAGAAAUUGAAAGGGAUGCUUUUGACGAAGAAAAGGAAUUACUUAAAAAACGGUAUGAAAAAGUCAAGUUGAUCAAAAAUCUCUGUCGAUUCUGUUUCUCAAAUGAAAAGGAUGUAAAAUGCGUCGCAAUGAGCAAACUUCAGACAUAUUCAAUUGACAUAGCAGAAAUGAUUAGCAUUCUUGGAAUUGAUCAGGAAUAUAGUGAAGCAUUUAACGACAUAGUAUGUGCAAACUGCUUUGAUCGACUGAUUGAGUUUUCAAACUAUAGGAAGAGAUGCCAAACAGCACAAAAAGAUCUCAUUUUAUCAAUGCAAGAUCUCGAUAGAAAGAUUUUAGAAGCUCAGCAGCUACAGCGUUAUCAAAGAAAUCCAUCCUCAAAUUGGCUUAAAGUGGAACUACAGGAUGAUGAUCAAAUGGAUUACAAUUUCUACGAUGCAGACACGGAUAAAGAGGAAGAAGAGGAAACUCAUGAUACUACAGACGAUUUUAUUGAUACAACAGAGCAUUAUUUAGAAGAAGAUACAGACGACGAAAAAACGCAAGAAUAUUUUGAGGAAGUAGAUGUAAAUGAAGAUUCACAAAAGGAAUCUCAACGUUUAAAUCUAUUCGAAAUAACAAUUAAGAAUGAACCUCAUGACUCUGAUGAACAUGCACAUGUCGAGAAUAAACCAAGGGUAAGUACAAGAAAGCGUAAACAAGUUGAGGAGAAAAAGGAAGAGCCAUCACCGUCAACUAGCAAAAAGAAGAAAACAAUCAACAAAAAGGAGCAAAAAAUGGUCAAAAAAGAGAUUCCAAAGACACCAAAUCAAGUGAUAAGUCCAUCAGUCGUUAAAGGAAUCGAUAAUUUCAAAAAUAAACCUUUUGGAAGUAGGAAGAAAAUUCACGAAUGCUUCUUUUGUCGAGAGAAGUUUGUUGGUAAGAAGACAUACAAGACUCAUAAUUGUCCAAAUAAGAGAAUCAAAUGUGAAGUCGAAGGAUGUGAUUUAUAUUUUGUGAAUCAAGGCGGCUACAAUAUUCAUAUUCAGAGAAAACACGCAUUACCGAAAGUAUCUCGACAUUUGUGUCCAGUGUGUAGGACAAAUUAUCAAAUGAGUGCAGCUCAGUACGAUGAACAUUGUAAGCGAUGUCUUGAAGCAAAUGAGUAUCGAGAGCAGCCAAUUAAAUGCGAUAAAUGUAAGAAAAUUUUCGGUACUCUACAAAGUUAUACAGCACACAUUCAAUUCCAUGAUGAUGAAAGCUUGAAAAAAGCCAGUGAAUUAUUGGUACAAGGUUCUGAUGGAAAAGCUAGGAAAGCUGAAAUCUUUCAUAUGUGUGAUCUUUGUGGACGUGUAUUCAGAGACAGCUAUGGAUUAAGAAGACAUCAAUCGGACGUUCACUAUUUAGAUUUUACUGGUGAAAUGUUCUAUUGUGAUUUGUGUCCAAUUGCUAAGCCUACAAAGCGAUUACUUUAUAAUCACAUGAAAUCUACACACAUUAUUCGUUGGCACUCUUGUGAAAUUUGUGGUAAAGUUUUUAAGAACCGCGAAUUAUGGAGAAAGCAUCAACUUGUUCAUGGAGAUUUCAAAAAGAAUAAUCUUUGUGAUUAUUGUCCACACAGGCCAGGCUUUGUAACAAAUACAGCUUUGAGAAAACAUUUAGCUAAGCAUCACGGUGGGGCUGAGCCUGUUCGCAAGUUUGUAUGCGAUAUACCUCAUUGUGGAGCAGCUUAUUCAAGAGAUGAUCAACUGACAAGACAUCGCGUUAAUGUACAUCAGAUUUAUCACAAUAACUAUAAUGAAAGCAUUAUACAGCACUAUGUAAAUGGUUAAAUUAUUUAUUUGUUCACACUCAAGCCACGACAUUGAUGGCAUCAAUUUCUGAAAAUGUAGAAACUCUUUUCGCU